CAGGACUGCUGGAAGCGUGCGGAGAGUGACAGAGAAAGAUAAAGAGGGAGGGGAAGAGAGAGAGAGAGAGUGUGAGCGAGCAGGGGAGAGAGAUGAAGACAGAUCUCUCAGUCCAGGAAAAGCUGCCUGCUCUGGUGAAAAUCACGGAGCAAGAGUGUGGGGUGGCUGCUCUCUAAGCUUAAGCAAGACCAGGUUUUCAGCUCAAGGUCUCUCUGCCUUAGUUUCCUUUCUCAGUAAAACAAGGUCAUAAAGGCCUCCUGGGCACCAGGCUGGUACCCAGUAGGUGCUAAGCAAAUGCAGCCACCUUUAUUCUUCGCCUAGGCUAAGAAUGGUCUGAUGUGGAAGAGCCAGCACCCGCAGCCCUAGGGCCCGCCCUCCUGCAACCUUGGACAAGUGUGGGGUCCCCUCCACUAGCCUCGGUUUCCUGUUAGCACAAUAAUAGCAACAAGGUUCUGGGUGUCCCUGGUCGCGGUUGGCUGAAUGCCCACUCCAACCACUACCACUUCAUGAAAUUAUUACUUCUCAGUUGAUCUAUUUCACUUCUUUAAAGUGGGUAUAGUAAAAACAAAGACCCCUGAGCCAGAGGUCCCUCUGAGGAAGGUACACCCAGGACACGGGCCUGGGGAGAGAGGCCCUUGCGUUUCGCGCCUGUCUUAGUCUGUCAAUAACUGAUGUUGCGGCUCGAUCGGGUCCUGCAUUUCUUAUGAUUAUAAGACACCAUUAGUGACUAUUAGGGAACGUUGAAAAAAAAUAAAGGUUUAUUACUUGUAGGAUCUGGAAAUAACACACCUGGGGCCACAGAGUGAGAGGCCGGGUAAGCAGAACAUGCACAGGCCUGCAGUUCGGCGGGUACUGAGGGUGGUGGGGGAAGGGGCUGGGGUUUGCCCUCUUUAUUGUGAAUUCAAAACAUGAGAGUGGUAACUGAAAGCGUGAAAGAGAAAAAAACAAGUGGGCCAAGUGGUCAGUUAUCAAAAUCAACCAUCAAGAUCUCGAACACAGAGGAGUCUCGGUGAAGGUGGACAGCACUUCACCAAGCAGCUGGGCAGGCACGUGGUUUGUGGCGAUGGCCCUCGUUGAGAUGGUAGUCUCCAUAAUCAAAGCUUAAUCAAGUCAGGCACUAGCAUUACAAAAAGAUAAAUAAAUAAAAUAAAGUAAAAUAACAAAGAAGAAAGAAAAAAAAAAGGAAAGAAAAUAGUGUCAAGGCUUAUGCUGCACUCACCCUGACCCUGCCCUUGACCCUCUCUCCCUGGGCCCUCUCCAUGCUGUCUUCUUCCUCCAAGGUCCCCAGCUGGGGCGGGCUACAGACCUAUAAAGGAGUUGCGGGCUGCGCUCGGCCUCCGCCACCAUGGACCCCCGCCUGCUCCCCUGGGCCCUGGUGCUGCUGGGCCCGGCCCUGAUACUGGCGCUGGGCCGUGCUCCUGCCCCAGAGACGCCAGAGAAGCUGUGUGGCCGCCACUUUGUUCGUGCGCUGGUGGGAGUGUGUGGGGGCCCACGCUGGUCCCCUGAACCUGGGAGGCUGGUGGCUGGCGGCAACCGUGAGCUGCUGCAAUGGCUGGAAGGACUACAUCUCCAUGGGCUGGUGGCCAAUAGGGACUCGAUGCUGUUACUCAACCCUCAGCACCAGGGCUCUCAGCAUCACCGCCGCCGCCGGGCAGCUGCUACCAACCCUGCCCACCACUGCUGUCUCAGUGGCUGCACCUGGCAAGACUUGCUGGCCCUCUGUCCCCACUGAGCCUUCCUGGGGCAUGGCUUCUGGGGAGCCAGAGACCCAGAAGGUAUGGUCUGGUGGACUCCUGAAGCCACACAGCACCAUAAAAUCCCAUAUCUGGGGGGACAUUGUUGAUUACCUCCUGGGACAUGGAACUUGCCACCUACCCCAGACCACCUGUCCUCUGUAGGGUGCACUUGGGAAAAAAACACAUCCCACCCUGGCUUGGAGGAUCCUUGGUUUCACUGAGAUGCCAGACACUGAGGGACAGAUGUCCUCACCCCUGAGGAGCCCCAGGUGCCACCCUCUCUGCAUUUGUGACACCCCACCCCGUCUUGCUGUCUUCCCACUAGUAAAUAAAUAAA